GACAGUACCGUCACAGGCCUGUGCGCCACACUUUUCACUGUUGAUGAGUUUGGGCGUGGGCUGCGGUUACGCGCUCAGUCCCGCCUUCCCCUGCGCGCUGCACAUUGUUCGCUGCAUUCUACUCUGACCUCACCGGGUGCUCUGCUUUCUUGCCAGCGCCGUCGAACUCACGGGUUGCAAUCUACCGUAGAGAAAUGACGGCAGUAACACUGCUGAAAACGGCGAAAAGCACGUAGUGUGAAUGGUAAGAGAAAGAAAUAAUAAUAUUAUCACGGCAUCGCCCAGUAUGCGCUAAAAAGAGUGCAACACGGCCCGAGCGAUUGUCUAUAUUCUCUCAUCACGUUCUGUCCUCGAGGACAUCGACAACGUCGUGUUUUUCUGGUGUUGUGAAGAUGACCGAGUAUAAGCUGGUGGUGGUUGGGGCAGGUGGUGUGGGCAAAAGUGCACUCACCAUUCAACUCAUUCAGAAUCACUUUGUUGAUGAAUAUGAUCCCACUAUUGAGGACUCUUACAGAAAGCAGGUGGUGAUUGACGGGGAGACGUGCCUGCUGGACAUCCUGGACACUGCAGGUCAGGAGGAGUACAGCGCCAUGAGGGACCAGUACAUGAGGACCGGCGAGGGUUUUCUGUGUGUGUUUGCCAUCAACAACACCAAGUCCUUUGAGGACAUCCACCAGUACAGGGAGCAGAUAAAGCGGGUGAAGGACUCAGACGAUGUGCCCAUGGUGCUUGUGGGCAAUAAGUGUGACCUGCCAUCGCGCACAGUGGACACGCGUCAGGCCCAGGAGCUCGCCCGCAGCUAUGGCAUCCCUUACAUCGAGACCUCUGCCAAGACCCGACAGGGAGUGGAAGACGCCUUUUACACCCUGGUGAGAGAGAUCAGGCAGCACAAACUGAGGAAGCUCAACCCGCCUGAUGACAACGGACAGGACUGCUUCAAGUGUCGCUGUGUAUUGUCAUGACCAGCCAUCGUGGGCCCCCGCGGAUCAGAAUUUAGGAGCAGAGCAGCUAAAUGGACCUCACAUGCCACACCUCCGGUGACAUACUGCGGAAAGGGGGCAGCUUUUCAGCGUCGCACACAGACGCCUGCAAGCCUGAGCCUGAGUUUGAACCCAUUUGCCGGAGGCUCCCACAGCCCUCAGGGUUGGCCUUGAGGGACAGCCAAGACUGAAGCACGGACAGAAUCAGGCCUAAACCACUGCAGUCUCAUCACUGGGCUAGCCCUGGCUAUGCCCCUGAAUGCUACACACAGAUUUGAUUUAUUUGAGGCGGACUUGUAGACGGCGAGUCAAUGCUUUGUUAUUUGCCUUUGUUUUAAUUUUAAUUUUUUUUAUUUAAUUGUAUUUGGAAGAAGAUGGUCACACUCCACCACUGAGGGUGAUUGAUCUGCAGUGUAAUAAUAACCAGCUGCUUCAGAGGAGAUUUUGUCUGUCUGUCUGUCUGUCUGUGUUUGUGUGUGUGUGUGCUUGCGUGCGCGUGCGGUCCAAGUGCCCACAGAUCUCCCUCCCACACACUAGAGCAUUAUCCCUAAAAAUAGGACAUGUUGUGAUUGUUAAUAUGCAGUGAGUUAAAUGUAAGUCUCAGUGCAAUAGUAUUUUUUUUUUUACUUAAAUUCAAGGUACUGUGAGUAGUUAAAAUGAGUUGUUAUUGUCUGUACACAAUGCCUUGUGGGAAACAUAUCCAAAUGCUCUCACACAAAGCCUGCAAAGACUGAUUACCAUAUUUUGUGGAAGACUUCUUCUCAUGGGUGGAAAAAUAAGCGUGUGUGAGUCUUUUUGGCACACUGACCACCCAGCCCCUCACUCUAAUCCCGGAAAUAACGCAGUGCAUUGAAAGACUGGUCAUCGGAAUGAGCGGUUUACUAAUACUGGAAUCUAAUUCUCUGGAACUCUGUGUUUAUCACCAUCCAGGCAUUGCUGUUUUUCCUCUUUUUAAUGAGUGCCUGUGUAGAGACCUUGACACAUGUUAAGUCCCUUCUAGAGUCAGUACGGCUACACGAAGGGACUGGCAUAUUAGGCAGAAUCUAAAAUGGUUUUCUAAUGUGUUUCCAGCCAUCACUGUGCUAUGCAUAGGUUCAGAAUGAAUGGAUAAUGUGUGAAUUUAUUGGCAUACAGACCUGACAGGUAUUGUAUGGAUACUUAAUUUUAAUAUUAGAGGAGUGUUAAAUGUACUGUGUGUUUGUUUUUACCAUGCUUCUUUCUUGGUGUUAUGAGUGUUUCAGGUGUCCCACUUCUCUCCAUCUCUGAAAUGCUCACCAUCUCCAAUAGAAAAUAGGGUGAGACAGAAUGAUUUACCUGGAUUGAAAGAAUAUGUAUUAAAAUGGUUCUCUUGGUGUCUUUGUUGAUAGUGCUGAUAUAUCCUCCUGAAUGGCAAGGCAUUCUCUUGUUUUCUCUCUCCUGCAUGGCAGCCUAGAAAAGACAUGGCUGCUUUUUUUUGUUGGAUUUCACUUUGUCCAUAUGACUUACUGACACAUCAACAAACGUUGAGCAGUGGCUGAUAGAAUGACCACAGAUGAUAAUGAUAUUUUAUUAUUAUUAUUAUUAUGCUAUCUAGAUGUUUGUUGUGCCGGUACUGGUUAACAUCCUGUUAUAAGGACAUUGCCAGAGUGGUCCGUUUUCAGGGUUGGGUUUAUUGAUAAACACAGGAGUAUGAUAAGGGAGACCACUGAGUGUUUAAUGCCAUUAAAUAGCAUGAACCUUUAAAAAUGACAGCAUUUUACAGAGAUUUGGAACUGUCUCAUUUUUUUUAUUAUUCAUGUGCUCCGUAAUGGUGAAACAAGGUCAAAUUUCCUUUUUGGGUAAAUUCGCAAAACCAUUGUAGAAGUGAACACAUGUUCAGAUAUGGUAACAUUCACUCAUUUGUCAAAAGAGGGGUUUCUCUUAAAAUCUUAUCGUUUAGCCAACCCUGAGACCAAACUUAAUCAUGACUUAUUUACCUCCAAAUCUAGUGUCUUGGUGUAAUCCUCUAUUUCAGAGGAUAUGGGAAUUUGUGUGUGUGUGUGCGCAUGUGUGUCAUCUUUUUAGUUCUUCCUUGUUAUGGCAGAUUCCUUGACCUUUGUGCUCCACUGAAGAUGGUCAACAUGAGCCCAUUGUGCUUGAGCCUACUUCCUCUUGCCCAAACCACCUUUUUAGUUUUUAUUUGAUCAAAUUAGCCACUUUUGUUUACCCUGGUUAAAAAUGUACAAACAACUUUCAGUAUAUUGGCUAGUAUCUGGAGAAUGCUUUCCAAAUACAGGUGUUUUGUAUUUGGUGGUUUUUGUUUCUUGUAAUCAUUAAUUUUGAAUUCUAAAUGACUUGAUGCACAUUUUUUAUUUCUAAAAGGGUACACCAUGCGUUUAAAAGAAAGUCAUUGUGUACUGUUAUUGUUCCUCUUAAAGCUCACUGGCCACUUGGUUUUAGCAUGAUUUGGAAAUCAGAUCAGAUUUGACUCAUAACAUUAAAGUAAAGUAUGUAUCGUACCUCUAUGAAACAGAAAACGGCAGAAUCUUAACUGUGAGCAUUUUAAAUGUGAAUAUGUUCCUCUGUUCUUACUAAUGUAUCUUGUACACUACCAUCAUCAAAUUGACACUUGAGUGCUUUGUAUUACUUUACUGAAUGUUGGACUGCUGUAAGGAACUGUCAUACUGAAAAGCCUUUGUUAUCCGUUCCUUCUUACCCAUCCAAGGAUGGUGUUUGCUUUCCUUUGUGUCAAUUCUAAAAACUUGUGUUUCACCUAAUUUGAGGUUGGAAAACAAAUGACCCACUACCUACUACUGUUUCUGCUGCUAUUAUUAUCUGCCUCUACGCUUGAGUGGAGAGCAGAAUUAAAGGAUGUAACUUUAACAUUUAAA